AUGUCACUUUUCUGGCCUUAAUCAAAGCAAUGGAAAUGGGUCAUUGUUGCAGUUGGUGGAUGGAGGCUGUGAAGAUGUGACAAGGACGAGCGCCGAGGGGGAAACAUGAACGGAGGAUGUACAUGGAUUGGAUAAGAGAGUGCACAAACCAUUGGAAACUAUAGUGAUGUUAAUGCAGUCGGAUUUAUUCUAAUACGAGAUUGGAUCUGUUGUCGUAAUAAUAACAGUAAUGUGCACAAGUAUGUAAACACGAGUGACCAGUCAGUUUGUCUGGUGUAAUGUAUGCACUUAUUUAUGUGAGUGCUUUUGUGUGCACAUCAUUCAUAUGUGCAUGUCCCGCUGUGUGUGUGUGUGUGUGUGUGUGUGUGUGAUGUCAGCCUGCCCACGGCGGUGCAGUAGAAUGGGUCGUGCUGAAUAUAAAUCAGGUGACUGAACAGGCGGGGGUUUCUUCCCAGACAGGCCCAGAAGAUUGUGUAAUGCCCACUCCUACAUUACUGGUCUUCAUGGGCACGUACACACACACAAACACAGCCCCUUCUCCACUUGGCGAACAACACAACGAGCACUGUAUCUACCAGUCUGCCCCCAGAUAGACCACCGUGGUGGAGCUCAGGCACUGAAGCUGUCUGGAGUCCACUUGGAGCUUUCAAAUAAUCUCAACAGGACCUUGAAUUUUCUCCUUCCUGUUGGAUUCAUUUGGCUUUUGUUGAUUUUAUUAGAUUUUUGGUGGCAGGUUCUUUGGCCACAAGGUCAUAAAACUUGACUGGACUUCUUUUAUCCACCUUUGACUUUUGUUCUUUUUUUACUGCUGUGCUGGGAUUGUACUCCCCUCUGAAUGAGGCUGGUGGGUGACCCUCAGAAAAGAGGAGGUGAAGUGGUAACCAUGUGGAUCCCGACCCCCAGCAUGACUCUCCCUCAGCGGAUGGUGCUGUACGGGACGUGCGUUGUGGCACUGAUGAACUCGGUGGGCCUUCUGGUGCUCAUGGUCCAGCAUAAUCAGCAACGUGUCAGGCUGGAGCAGACAGAGGUGAGGCUGACGGAGGUGGAGGAGAGCUCAGUGGUGGAGUUCCUCCAGGAGGUCCCAAGGGGAGCGGCGGGGCUGCGGGCCAACCCUCCCCAGUACCAGUACUCCAGGAAUAAGAGAAGCGAAGAGCUGGAGAAGGAGCUGCAGCAGGAGCUUCAUCAUGAGGAGGGACAGGAGGUCGAUCAGCAGGAGGCCAGCCAGGAGGUGGGAGAGGAGACGGAGAAGAAGAUGAAGCACGGGACGAAGCACAAGCACCGGCACAGUUACCACAAGGCACACGUGCAGGAUGACAUGAUGAUGAUGAUGACCUACUCCAUGGUCCCGAUCAAAUUAUUGAUCGACAUUUGCAACAGCACCAAGGGAGUCUGCAUAGCCGGACCUCCAGGACCGCCUGGUUUGCCUGGUGCAGACGGUCUCCCCGGCCACAAUGGGACUGAUGGCAGCCCAGGACUGAGUGGACCGCCUGGGGCUGACGGGAAAAGAGGGAAAAAAGGGCUGCUGGGUGACAAAGGAGAGCCAGGUGAAAAAGGAGAGAGGGGAGAGCCUGGUCCACCUGGAGAGAUGGCAGAACCAUCCAAUGAUGUCAUUGUCGAGGGUCCUCCUGGUCCUCCAGGACCUCCUGGGCCCAUGGGCCCUCCUGGGCCACCGGGCCCUCAGGGGCCUCCCAGAACAAGGCACCACAGAGCCAACCUUCAGGCGGCACAGACCCUUGGGCUGCUACAUGCAAUCCCAAAUGAUGACACCUCGCCUGUAAAGGAGGCUGUGAAACUACACGACAAGCCUGCAAAGAAGAGUGAGUGCAUCAUCAAGUCUCUGAUCAACCCCAGGAAUGUGGCAAAGAUGGAGAGCACGUUUGGAACAUGGAUGAAAGACACUGCCCGCCUGAACGACGAGAGGAUAUGGGUGGCCGAACACUUUUCUGGCCGCGUGGUGAAGCAGUACAAGAGCAUUGCCUCCUUCCAGAACAGCAGCAGUGACAUUGUGGAUGUGAGAAAGUUCUACCAGGGCUGCGGACACACUGUCCACAACGGCUCCUUCUAUUAUCACAUCGCUGGCACUUCCAGCAUCGGCAGAUAUGACUUUGAAACCAAGAGGCUCCACACUCUCACUGUAGACAAUGCUCUGCACCACAGCCUCGCCUACUUGCUCCACAAUUCUAAGACCUACUUCAAACUGGCAGCGGAUGAGAACGGCUUGUGGCUGAUCUUUGCCUCCAGUUUGGACGAGACCAUCAUGGUGGCCCAGCUGGACCAGAAGACCUUCUCCGUCACAUCCUACGUAAACACCACCUACCCCCGCACAAAGGCCGGCAACGCCUUCAUCGCCUGUGGCGUCCUGUAUGUCACUGACACCAAAGACACCAGAGUCAGCUUCGCUUUCGACCUGCUGAAGGGAAAGCCGGUCAAUGUGACCUUCGACCUGAGGUCUCCCGGUGGAGUGCUGGCAAUGCUCUCCUACAGCCCGAAGGACAGACACCUGUACGUGUGGGACCACGGCUACGUCAAGCUCCACGUGGUUCACUUCAUCUCUGACGAGUGACGAUCAGUCUGAACGUGACAGACAUGACUGUUAUACAGUGAGAACUGUUCACUCCGUCUUUGGACACUGAUACACGUCAGUCUCAACUUCAUCAUCCUGUGAGCAGUGGUUCUCAAACUGUUUCAUGUCAAGGACCCAUAAACUGACACAAAUUAGACCAUCGGACAGAGUGAAAAGAUUUUACUCCUGGGUCCCCUUUUAAUAAGACUUACUUUUAUUUUUAUUCACAGGAAGUGAAUGAAACCCCUGACCAAAAUAAUCAACCUUUCUGUUACUGUAUUACUUAAAGACAGACUCCGGCAACUUUUCUACUUCCCCCCCUUCCUUGUGCUCGUUGCCAAGUUACGAAGCCUUCAGACCAAACGUGAGGCAAAUCAUUUGUGUGUCUAGAUCACAUACAAUGUCAGUGAAGACUUCAUUGUCAUUUGCUCCGGGUGGUGUGAAUGACGCGAACGUGCAGUCUUCGCAUUAUUCGCUUGUGUUUAAAAAAAAUGAAUUCAAGCAAUAAUUUUGCAUGUCGCUGUGUCGUGAAAGCCUGUCGGCGUUGACAUUAACACUGACAUUAUGACGAUGAUAUCCUGAUUCAUGAUCAGCAAUCAGUGGAGACUAAUCUUGGCCGUUUGCAGACAUCGAGAGCUGUAUGAUAACACAUCUACUGGUACCAAGACAGGACAAAAAUGAACUGGUGUGGAGGAAAGGAAGUGAGGAAGUUGGAUGACCUGGUAAGUCAUGGAAAUGUGUCUUAGCACAGCAAAGCCCUGAUAAACCCGAAUCAUUCAGGGAAAAACAUUUCAAAAGUUGUUUGCUUGUCAUCUGGCCUCAGUCUCUGUAUACAUGCCAGUCACAGUUACUAUUAAUUGCUUUAAACACACCUUUUAAGAACCUGCCACUCACUGGAGACAGAUGGAGCGGCGCUCCGCAGCUGAGAACAGUUCACCGGUCAGCCUCAGGUGACGCUGGAAGCUGCAGUCAUCCACAUGCUGCUGCAGAUGCUGAAAUUCACCCAGUUGUGUGACGUGCGAGUGAAGCAAAUAAAAUGAACACUCCUGCAAUCAAAUCUGCGUGUCUAACAUGAGGUCAAUAUUUUCUUCCCAUUUGGUCUGAAUGCACCAUUAGCAACAUGGCUCGUGCUCGCAGCCUGACAAAUGUCCAAAGCAAAACACAACUGCAGUAUCCCAGUCUGCCUUCAUACAGCACUCUCUUCGCUGUCUUUGCUUCAGUGGGGUUCAACUGAUUUUGCAGUGUGAGGUUCCACAGUUGUUACAGUUCUUACAUAGUUACCUGGGGAGAGUGACUGGGAAAAACAAGGCCUGUUCCUGUUUCGCAAUGGAAAGGUAAACCAAAAAAAGUUCAACUUUGUCACUUCAAGAAACACGAUGACAAACUAUGAUAAUGAGCUUUGGUCAUGGGUUUCAUAUCAUUUUUUAUUAAAAAAAAAAAAUCAUCUAAAAGCAAAUGUUUUAUCCCUGGGAUAAAAUCAAAUGGGGGACAAUGCUCUAAUUUGAGGAGUUCUUGACAUACAACAUUUUAAGAACCACAGCAUUCUAACCAUGUGAUUGCUUGUUACACGUCACCGUUUCACUGAACAGAAUCAGUUUUGGCUAAAUAAUUUUUGUGAUAUUGUCAAAAAUAAAAUGUUUUUUCUUUUUAUGAACGGAAGUCCUGAGGUCAAGAGAUUUUUUUUUUUCUAAAUUGUUUUCUCUCCUGUGUUUAUGACUUGGUGAACUGGUCAAGGAAAAACUGUUUAGCUAGUAUACUCUUUGUCAGCUCCUUAAAUUUACUUCCAUCUCUUGAAAACAUUUUUCAUUGUUUCACACAUUCAGUUUUUUGUAUUUAUUUCAGGGAAAAAAUGUUUUUCCAAAAAACGUAAGGGUCUUAAUAAUUGUCGUGGCAAAUGUUUCUUCCUACCAGCUCUCAAGUCGUAAACACAAAGGGGAAAAUUUUAGAUCACACCUGGAGGGAUCCCCAGAAAGUAAUAAAAAAUAAAUAAAAUCCUCACUUGCUCUUCAGGGCUUCCAUAUAUAUCUUAUUUGUAAUGUGAGUGACUAAUUGUGUGAAAACGUUUCAUCAUUUUGUAUCAAUUGAUUCAUAAUUUGUACAAAUU